AUGGCUCUGCCUCCUCCUCCGGAAGGCCUCGACCUUGGCGAGUCGCGGGUCCAAGAGGUCACCAGCAUACUCCUUACUACAUGGACGUUGUCCUUCCUUGCAGUCUCGCUCCGUUUCCUCGUGCGUCGUCUUAGAAAAAUCCAAAUAUGGCCGGAGGAUUGGAUCAUCAUCGUUUCCUUGGUGGCCGCGGGCGUCCAUGUCUUCACCACUAUUGGGCUGAUGAUACGUAAUGGUACCGGUAAACAUAUCUGGGUCGGACCUCCCAUAGCGACCAAAGCAUGGGCUACUGGCCUCUUCAUCUCGGAGAUAGCCUAUACCAUCACCUUAACGACCAUCAAAUGCUCAACGCUCAUGUUCUACUGGCGCAUUUUCGGUGCGAGGAGGAGCAUUAGAAUCCUGAUCUGGAUCUUGUUCGGUGUGGUGAUGGCUUGGUGUAUUGCCGUUCUCCUCGUCUCCAUCUUUCAAUGUAUUCCCACGCAUGCGUUCUGGGACCGCUACGACCCGGUGAACCCGAUGUCGCCCACAGAGUUCUAUUGUGGUGUCAAUGUUAACAUGUUCUUCAACGCAAAUUCGAUCCCUAACAUCAUCACGGACGCCUUUGUUGUGAUGCUGCCUAUCCCCUACGUACUAUCACUACAGAUGUCCAAACCCCAGAAACUUGCACUGCUUGGCGUCUUCUUGCUGGGCACUUUCGUUACCAUAAUCUCGAUGGUGCGAUUGCACACGAUCCUCUCUGUCGACCUCAAGUCCCCGGAUAUCACGUGGAACUUCUGCAGCACAAUCAUUUGGACUAACGUCGAAGCUAACAUUGCAAUCGUUUGUGCUUGUCUACCAUCCCUGAAGCCCCUACUAUCCCUGCUGAUCGACGGCACGCUAAAGUCGACUAAUGCCAGGGGAGACCAGAGCUCUGGAUCUUACGCACUAAGCAAUGGGGCUCGGUUUGGCGGCCGCUAUGGCAACAGGCACCUGGGCUCCAUCGGUGACACCAACGUUACGGUCAAGGGUAGUUGUCCUAACCACGGAAACGCCUCUCUUGGCCCCGCGGUUUCCAGUCGUACAACGAAUUAUGGCAGCACUUACUUGGGCUCCAAGGUCGUCAGCCAAAUCACAGUCAAGGGGGCCUGCCCCGGAAGUGAACAGGAUGAGGAGCGUCCGUUCACCCGCCUAAGUGAGGGGAGAUCUAAUUCGAGUAUCGAGGAAGUAGGAUACAACGAUUUAGCUGGGGGGAAGCCGGCCAUUCUCGUCAGCCAGGAUUUCGAAGUGAAAUCUAUUAUUAACCGCAAGCCGUAG